AGUCAGUGACUCGCAGCACCGGAAGUCUCGCUGUAGCCGCUAGUUUCACUGGACUAAGGCGGAUCCCCUCUCCCUGCCGUCUCUGAAACUUUGUUUCGAAUCACAUAUCACAGCCCGUAACACAGUUGUGCGUGUUAGUGAACCCCGACAGAGUAAAGAACAUGGGAGACAAGGAGCUGAUGUGGGCUUUGAAAAAUGGUGAUUUGGACGAGGUGAAGGCUUUACUGAAAAAGGAUGAAGACGUGAAUCGGACGCUGGAGGGUGGUAGGAAGCCUCUGCACUAUGCUGCAGACUGCGGUCAGACUGAGAUGCUGGAGUUCCUGAUUUCUAAAGGAGCAGAUGUCAAUGCUCCUGACAAACAUGGCAUCACUCCGCUGCUGUCUGCCACUUAUGAGGGUCACCUUACCUGCGUCAAGAUUCUGCUAGAGAAGGGGGCAGAUAAGGAGAGGAAAGGACCAGAUGGACUGAGUGCAUUUGAGGCAGCAGAAAGCGAAGCCAUCAAAGCCUUGCUGAAGUGAGGCUCAGUCUGAGCCCACUGCUCUGAGGUGCAAACAGACACUUGGCGGCCACCAGACAGACUACACACACACUCUCUCUCUCUCCCUCUCUCUCUCUCUCUCACACACACACACACACACACGCCUAUUUGCCUCUGGCCGGUGGCUGCCUUGUCUUCUUCUAGGAUUUCUUUUUCAUUCCACAUUUACUUUUAAUUUUUUUUAGUAUUAUAAUUAUUAUUUUGGGGAGGGGUGAGUGAUUACUCUAUACUAGCGUAUUUGAAUUAGCCCUGAGUUAAACGGGCCUGUCAAUCAGUCAUGCGUCACAUAAAAAAAAGGACCACUGGCUGUGGAGAGGCCCUCAGUGUGUGCCUACAUUGUCAAAACCACUAAGUACAGACUUUUAGAAGUAUUUCAUGCGAAAUAGGGGAAAAGAAGAAACUAAACUACAGCGCUCAUGUACAGUUACAAAGCUUUCAGAUCUCGCAGACUGUCUCCAGUCAAAAGAAUGUGCAGAAAUAAAUAAGUAAAUAAAAAAAAGAAUGAUGUAAAUGUGUUUUCUACUCUAGAGCUCCAAGGAGAUGGUUAUUUUAGUUUGGUUACAUUAGUGACAUGGGGGGGAUCUUGGAUCUUUAAUGACUGAAACAUUGACAGGCUCUUCCUCUGCGGUUCUCCUGCUUUUACCAAGGCUGGACAUGACACUUAUAAGGGUGGCAGGUGUGAAAAUCACUUAAUAGUGACCCUCUCCCAGCGCAAGCCCCCCUAACUACUAUCCUACAUUACAGUAACAGUUCUUUCAGACAUUCCCCACAAAGCAGUGUUGAUUAGCUCUUAUAACAGUUGCAAGUAAUGAGUUCAAAAUGGUGUUGAAAUCAUGUCAUGCUGGCCUGCGGUUCUGCUUUUUCUGCUCAGUUGUGUUUGUACUCUUGAGGGUGAGAAGAAAAAAAGAAAAAGUGAGUCACUGCUCCGAGUUUUCUAGCGAGAGUCGAAUUGGAGGAGCAUACGUGUCUCACUUUCCAGCACUCCUGUCACUGAUACUGAUGGACUUUACUGCUCACCCGCUGCAUGCUAAUGCCUUCGCUCCUACUCUCUGAAAACGCCAUGCUUCUCUCCCUCGCUCAUUCGCUCGCUCUCUUUCUCUCUCUCUCUCUCUCUCUCUCUUGAUUCGCUUUGAAGUAGCAGUUUCCACCAUAAACAGGACAUUUUAAAGCUUUAUAUCUGGCAUCAUUGUGACGAACAAAAAGUUGAUGUAAAAAAAAAACAAUAAAAAUUUUGAACUUCA